GCCCCAAGCUUCGAACCCGGCCGGAGAGGAGCGACCAUCGCGCCCGCUGCCCGCGCUCACCAGCCAUGCGAGCCAUCCCCGCACCCGGGAUCCGCUUCCUUCGCUCUUUCUCCAGGGACAGCUGGUUCCGGGGGCUGAUCCUUGUGCUGACGUUCCUCUGCUACUCCACUUUCCAUCUGUCUCGGAAGCCCAUUAGCAUUGUGAAGAGUGAACUGCAUUAUAACUGUUCCUCACGGAAACCCAAUCCAAUCAAUGGUUCAAACAGCACCACAUGGUGUGACUGGAAACCUUUCGAUCAGGACAACUACAAGGAGCUGUUUGGAGCCUUGGAUAAUGCUUUCCUCGUUGCUUACGCCAUUGGAAUGUAUAUCAGUGGGAUUUUUGGUGAGCGCCUCCCCUUGCGGUACUACCUGUCUGGAGGCAUGGUGCUAAGUGGGCUGUUCACGUCCUUAUUUGGCCUGGGCUACUUCUGGGACAUCCACCAACUUUGGUACUUCGUGCUUGUACAGAUCCUCAAUGGCUUGGUGCAGACAACCGGAUGGCCAUCAGUGGUGACAUGCGUUGGCAACUGGUUUGGAAAGGGGAAACGAGGCUUGAUCAUGGGCAUCUGGAAUUCACACACCUCUGUAGGGAACAUCUUGGGGUCCUUGAUUGCCGGUACCUGGGUUUCAACCGCGUGGGGCCUGUCAUUCAUCGUGCCUGGGAUCAUCAUAGCCACCAUGGGCGUCAUGUGCUUCUUGUUCCUCAUUGAAUAUCCAGAAGAUGUCGACUGUAGCCCACCUCUCCAUCAUGCUACUGAUUCGGAUGAGAAAGGCCUCGAGGCAGAACAUUCCAUCAGCGACGGCAGCCUGAACGUCUCCACCCACAGCCGGGAAAACAUCAUUGACGUGGCAGAAAGCACCAAAGAGCCCAAAGAGGACCGGGAAGCCAUCAGUUUCAUUGACGCUCUCAGGAUACCGGGAGUGGUGGAAUUCUCCUUUUGCCUCUUGUUUGCCAAACUCGUCAGUUACACUUUCCUCUACUGGCUGCCUCUGUACAUCGUGAAUGUGGCUCAUUUCACUGCGAAAAAGGCCGGAGAUAUGUCCACUCUCUUCGAUGUUGGCGGCAUUGUUGGAGGCAUCAUGGCCGGUCUCAUCUCUGACUACACCGGUGGCAGGGCCACCACGUGCUGCUCGAUGCUUAUUUUGGCUGCUCCCAUGCUUUACGUGUACAACUACGUCGGCCAGAAUGGACUAGCCACGUCAAUAGUCAUGCUAAUUAUCUGCGGCGCCCUCGUUAAUGGGCCUUAUGCUCUCAUUACGACGGCAGUAUCAGCUGACUUGGGCACUCAUGAAAGUCUCCAGGGAAAUUCAAAAGCCCUCUCCACCGUUACAGCCAUCAUUGAUGGGACUGGAUCUGUAGGUGCUGCUCUUGGACCCCUCCUAGCAGGUGUGAUCUCUAGCACCGGCUGGGACAACGUCUUCUACAUGUUGAUAUCAGCAGAUGUGCUGGCUUGCCUACUCCUUUCACGAGUAGUAUUCAAAGAAAUGCGAGGAUGGUGUGGCUGCUACACAAGGAAAAGAGGGUCAGACACCACUUUUUGAGUAGGCAUGCUCUGGGGCCAUAAGUCACGCUUUAAAGAAUUUUGACGUGACCCACAUGACCGGAGGAGCCCGUCGAGGUUAACAGGGAGGAGCGUUGCCAAGAGGGUUGGUUUCGUUGCCCCACCACCACUUCUGCCCAUCCCCACCGGGUCACGGUGGGAGGAAUUAAUGAAGCUGAAAUGGAACGUGCUCCAGAAACAACGGAACUCUCUUCCAAGACACCAGCCAAUGUGAUCGAUCACCAGCUGCACUUUUAUGUCUUUUGUUUUUAAAUGGCCAUCAGAGGGGAGCAGGGAAAAACACUGAUGCAGCGAAGCCAAAGGCAAAAGGAAGCGGUUUACUUGGGGUCCAUGUGAAGUCCCAAAGCCUCCGUUUCAUAUCACUUGCCAGUUGCAUCCCUUUUGUUACUGCUCGUUUUUUUAUUAUUAAAAAAUGGUGCGGAACCA